AACGAUGGGCGCGCUGUUUUUUGAACUUAAUUUUAUAUUUUAUGCAUUUUUCAUGCGUUUUGUGUGAUUGCAUUCCAGUCGUUAAAGGAUAACGACUAGUCCUGAUACUGUGAUGUGAUGUGGUGACUCCUGUGAUCAUGUCGCAGACAAACUCUCUUCUUGAUGAGGUGACCCAGUGGAGUCAGGAAACCUGCCGCCAGGAGCUCAAGUCAUUCUUACCAAAACUUACCUCUUUGCAACAUGAAUCUGAAAGCUGGAAUGAUCAUAUACGAAUACUGAAGAUUAUCACAGACAUGUUUCUCCCACAUAUUGGUUUGUCAGAGCUGGAAGAAGAAUGCUUCUCUAAGAUUUUACCCAAGGCUGUGAUGAUAUUUGAUAACUUGUUGAAAGAAAUCUCAAACCAAGUUGGAGAACUUUCCAGUCAAAACACAGAGCUUUGUGUCUUGCUGAGAAGCAUUCUGCAGGCAAUGAUGCAAAUUAUUGACGCUUUAUCUGCUUGUGUGCGGCAUGUUGGCUCAUUUGAAGUAUCUCCUGAACUCGAGGUUAUUCGUUCUUUACCCACUUGUAUUUUGAAAGUCCUGAAGGACACUUUUGAACAUUGCAAGGAGAGCGAGGUGGUUUAUUGUGGCCGUCUGUCAUUGGUGGCUGAUCUGCUGCAGGGACUCUUUAAGGAGGCCUACGCACUUCAUAAGGGCCUGUUGGAGCUGUUAGACAGAAUGUCUCUCGACAGCAGUGAUUCAGAGGAAAUUGCCGAUGUUGUUACAGUGAUUCACAGCCUCCUCGAUAUCUGUUCCAUCAUCUCCAACCUGGACAUGGCACUACAUGCAAACACAUGGAAAUUCGUCAUCAAACAGAGCCUGAAGUACCAGUCGUUGGUCGAGGAACAUCUACGCCACAGUGACAUCAGCAGUAGCCUAUGUGCCAACCUGUUGGCGUGCUUUCACAGCUGUGUGGAGCUGGCGGAACAGAUUCAACACCCUGCUCCUCAGGAGACAGCUCAAACACCAGAGUACAAACUGUUCCAGAAAACUGCAAAAAUGUGCAGAUUUUUUGGCAACACUCUAGUUCAUUAUAUCAAGGAGUUCAAGUGUUUUCUUGCAAAGUACUGUAGCUGCUUUCACCAGCUCUACCUCCAGGUCAUCAGUAAGUUUCCUCCAAGCUUUUCUUCUCCAAAACUACCCGCCACUCUGUCUGAGGAACUGAAUGUGGCGGCUUUGGUCCCCAUGGAUGCACUCCUGUCCCAGCUGUUGCCUUUACGGCCAUUUGCUGAAGUUGUCCUUCAGCAGGACCAGCAGUUUAGCCCAGAGUUUGAGCUUCCUCAUUGUCUUUUGCUGCUGAACGUUUUGGGUCAGCUGACCUCUCAGCCCGAAGAGGUAAUACGACUUUGGUACAGUGGCAGCCAGUUUUCGGAAGACACACACAGGCUCCCACUCUUCCAGGCUGUGUUCACAAGUUUCCGACGUUGCAGUACUGAACGUCGAGUACCAGUGCUGUUGCCAGGAGUGAUGAUCAAAGGUCAGGCCCAGGUUCAGGUCACUCUGCAUCACCAUGUGUGUGUGCAGGUGUGUGCCAGUGUGGCUGCACUUCCACCAGAGUACUUUCCUAUGUUGGAGCGCUGUUUGGUUGAAGCUUUACUACAAGCAGACACUCAGACAGCUUUGUUGGCUGCAGAUGUUUGGUGCUUUACUGCACGGUAUGGGACAGCUGAGCUUUGUUUACAUCAUGUUCUUCUCAUUGCUGAGCUGGUGAAAAUGUGCACCGCUGAGUGUUACCAGUUGUUCCAUCUGACCCUGCUGCUCAGACGUAUGGUUUUCCUUAUGACACCAAAGCACCAGAUGGAGCUAGUGUUGCGCUUCCCGCCCUCUGAGGUGGAAAACCUACACCUGUGGUGUCACAUCCUCCUCAGAGCUCUGUCACAUGAAGCACGCCACUGUGUGGACACAGACAUCGUUGCUCUUACUCAAAGGAUUUUCACUGAGUGGGAUAGCGGCGGCUGCAAACUUGGCCAGUUGGACAGACUGAACAUUUCACUCUCUUCUCUCCUUGCGGUACUUCAAGUCCAGUCACCUCCCAAGGAGCCCUGUGUGUCGUCUGCAGUGGAAAUAGUCACACAGCUGUGGUCACGAAUGAGUGCUGACCAGGUGCAGGAUCAUGCUGUGCUCCUGCGCACGCUGCAGCUGCUGCUGUCCUUAUCGGCUGUUUUGGUGAAUCACUUCCAGCCACAGCUGAUUUCUCAGGCUUUGCUGUGUGUUGAUGCUCUGGUGACACAUAAAUGUGCAGAUCAACUGCUGCCAGCUGCUCUGGAAUUCCUGGCCUCCCUGGGGAGGAUCUUUGUCCCUCCUGACAGCCAGAGUCAAAUUUUGCCGAGGCUCAGCAGCCUGUUUGUUGUGCUGCUGGCUGACAGAUCCUGGCUGCAGCAUCAGCACGCCCUGGAGGCCUUUUCUCAAUUUGCAGAGGUUACAAAUCAUGAGGAGGUCAUUUCUCAGAGCUUGUGUGUACAAGAGACCAAAACCAAGGUGGUCAAUUAUCUCAGCAAGACUGUGAACGCUGAAGAAAAUGAAGAGUCCCGCCUGGAGAGACUCAAGCUUGAGACGCCACUCAUUGAGCAACACAGCAGGCGGCUGGAGGCCAACAAAAACAUUCCUCACAAACUGGCUACUGAAGCUGCUGAUUCAGAGCCAUGUCCAAAGAGAGCUCGCCAGGAGAUGAGCACAGAGGAGGAGUACAGCCGCUACAUCCAGACCGCUGAGAGGGCUUUAAAGGCCAUUCAGGUUCUCAGUGAAGAUGCUGCUAAUGCAGGACCUCCACAGUGGCUGGAGUCCAGACUACAGGAGCUACAGACCCUCAUCACCCACAUCAGCACCGCCAAACACAAAACCUAGCAUCCCCUGGUUCGUUUCCAUGUGGUAACUGCAUUCACUUUGCUGCUGUGUGAAUUGUUCAUUUUUAAUAGCACUGCAGUCAGUUUUGACAAAUGUUUAUUAAACUUUAUUGGUUAUCGUG